UCUGUCUACUUUUGGUUUUGUUUCGAUGCAUGGUUAGCUAGCUAGCGGAUGCCACUCCUCCGUUAGCAUGCGGCUGCUAACCGUUAGCAGCUAACAGCUAGCGGCUAGCUGUGCUCGGCUCCAUUCGAAGCCAUGGCUGGAGACUGGCGAGGCUUCGCUUUGCUGGAAGAAGCCGAGCUCCUUUCCGGUCGGUUGAAGGGCCUGCUCUCCUCCGGACAAGCGUACGUCCGGAGCCAGUUCGGCUUAGACUUGGGUCUGAAGCCCGAGCUGUACCCGACGUGGCUGAUGCUGACCACGGCCGCCGCGGGUCUGCUGCUGCUGCUCGCUGUGUCCUGGGCCGCCGUCUGCGGUGGGCUGCUGGCCGGCAGGAGGCGGCGGGGAUGCCCGAUCGCCCACGUUGGCAGCGAGCAUCCUGCCAAGACCCCCUUGACGACCAAACCUGCUAAACCAGAAGAGGUGAAGAAAAGGAACCAAAAGAAAGUACGAGAAAAGAAGACUCAGCAGCCUAACGGACAGCCUGCCUCGGUGCUUCAAGAGGAAGUCAAAGUGCUUUCCAAGCCGCCACCCUCGCAGACCAAAACCCGGAAGGCCCCUGAAGUGCAAGCGCCUGCCCAGCUGGUGAAAAAAGACAAGAAAAAAGCCAAAACGAGCGUCAAAGCAGUCCACAAUGUGUCCACACAUGACGCCAAGGAGCCUGAUGAUGGUGCAUGGGAGACCAAAGUGAGCAACCGAGAGAAGAGGCAGCAACGGAGGAAGGACAAGGGCCCCGAGUCUCUCGGCGGGCCCGAGGGGGCGGACGCUGCCAGAAGCCACGCGGAGGCGCCAUCCAAGGUUAAGAAGAACAGAGCAGAACCUCAGCGUUCAAGAUCAUCUGCUAAAGUGGACUCUUCCAGAGCAGCUGUAUUGUCCACCCAGGGAGAGGUGUCUUCCAUCAAUGGUGGCGGGUGGAAUAACUUUUCCAUGAAGAUUCCAGCCCAAGUGGCUUCUAUGGAGGCCAAUAAGUGGGCUCCACACUACCAGACCCAACCUGAAGCCCAGUCCUGGACGCAGGAGUCACAAGCGGCGUGGAGCGGUAUUGAUGGCCAGAUGAAGUCCGACCUCGGCCCGGUCUCUUUCUCCAUGCUGCGUCUGAAUCCUGCAGACCCUCUAUCAAAGUCCAUGGAGAUGCAGUGGACCGGCCACGCUGAUGCCGACGACGAAUGGGGCGGCAUAAUCGGGGUGGCCCCUGUGGAUCCCACGUCCGACUGGAACGCACCAGUGGAGCACUGGGGGAACUACGAGGAGCCCCCCGCGGUGGUGAAACUGGUCCAGCUCAAGGAACAACCCAUUCUCGCCAAGGUGUCGGAGGAUGAUAAGGACUCUGAGGAUCCAGCAGGGGGAGCCGGCAAGUCCAAGAAGAAAAGGAAAAAGAAGAAGAAAACAGACGACGAGGCAACAUCUGAGGCUCAGGUGGUCAACGCAGUUCCUCAACCUCAAGAACUUCCCACCGCGGCCUCCAAAAAGCCGAAUCCCAGCGCGUCCUCCUCAUCGCAGAGGCGACCCGAGCAUGUGGCCGAGGCGGCCAAGCCCCCCCACAAGAAAAAGGUCAGAAGGGAAACCUAAAAGGUCCGCUUGAAGCGUUUAUGCAAACGAUUGUUGAAGUAGUCAUAUGCAAUAAUUAUUACCAGGUACAGAGCUUCUUCUUUCUGGGAUACACUUUUUAUCAGUUUCCAAAAUAUUCAUAAUAUUAACAAUGAGAAGAAAAGCCACUCGCUGGGUUCUGUUAAGUGAUUCAAUGAUGGGGGGGGGGGGUCCUAUGGACUUAAAUCUAAUUUGCACUAUUUUUGCUGCGCUGCAGUGGAGGUACAAGUUUGUAUGAUGUUUAUUUUUUUGAAUGGAAUCAAAUCCUUUUUUUUUGUAUAUUUUUAUCUUCCUGGAAUGUUGCACUUUUCGUUUACAAUUCCCACCCCUCACUCGAUGUAAAGAUGCUCCAAUUAUUCUACAUUUCUGAAGAUAUCAUAUUUGCUUUCCAAGUGAACAGCAGAGAGCGGUUCUUUAGGAGUCCUGUAUAGAAGGACCUGACCAACGACGGCCGCUAGGAGGCACUGUAAUGCGACUAAUGAAGGCUAUGCUAUUGAGUGGGCUCAUCUCAUGAUGCAACGGCACCGUGCGUUGUACUGUAUUGACAGGCGGUAUUUAUUAUUUAUCCGAGUAGAUUUAUAAGUCAGUCUGCUCCAGAAUUGGACAUUUUCCCAUUUGAUGUGCUGGGAAAGACUCCAUGCUGAUACUUCCCCACCUUUGCACUGUGCAAAAGGCUGUUUUGAUUUAGUCGUUUUAGUUGCAUUAACCUUGAAUGAUGACCUUGGCAGCAGCUUUAAUGGUACUUCUUUAUGUCUUUAUUACGGGAAUUUGAUUCCAUUGCCUUAACUUGUAGUUGUAUAUAAGCGUGCAUUGACGACUUUUUUAAAAAUUUCCAUCCAAUUGUAAGUUUUGAUGUCAAUUGAGUCUUGCAUGACUUUGAUAAUAAUGAUAAUAGUACUACUUGUGUACAUGAAAUCUAAAGCAGCUUUGCCUGUUUUUGUCCUCGAGGUUUAACAUCCACUGUGUAUGAUAGCUUUUUUUUAACUUCAUUAAAAAAAGACAAAUGGCAGUUUUCCUCUUUAGUAGACAUGAGCAGUACUGUUGUUGUUGUUGUUGUUGUUCCAAGAUGACUUGGUGGUUAGUAGAAGAAAAAUAAAUAUUACUACGAUGGCAGGCACCUCCUUUAUGUUUUUUUCUUUUUUGACUCCAUUUUUACUGAUGAUGGAAUCAAUGUAUUUAUAUAACUUCACUGGUGAAUUAUUUCUUUAUUGAGGUGAUACAAAUGAAAUUUCUAUGUA